CAGUCACUCAUCUUUCCACUCUUUGCUUUCCGUCAUUCUCUCAGCCCGACGCCGGCGUCCAUUCACUCGUUCCCCACCUUUUGUGUGCACAUACGCUUCUGUCGCCCGGAAUCACUUGUCCCUCUUCUCACCGACAACCACCCCCCGAACCGCCAAGAUGAAGUCUAUCGCUGCUCUCGCUCUUACCGCCUCCAUGGCCAACAUGGUUGCCGGCCACGCCAUCUUCCAGCAACUCUGGGUCAACGGCAAGGACCAGGCGGACACCUGCGUUCGCAUGCCCGCCUCCAACUCUCCCAUCCAGGACCCCACCUCCGACGACAUGCGCUGCAACGCCAACGCCGCCAAGGCCGCCUCCACCUGCGCCGUCAAGGCCGGCGACGUCGUGACCGUUGAGAUGCACCAGCACAACGACCGCGACUGCACCAAGGAGGCCAUCGGCGGCGCCCACCACGGCCCCGUCAUGGUCUACAUGAGCUCCGUCGCCGACGCCGCCGCCGCCGACGGCUCCGAGCCCUUCUUCAAGAUCUUCGAGUCCGGCUACUUCGCCGAGAACAACACCUGGGGCAACGACCUCAUCAACGAGGGCUGCGGCAAGCAGAACGUCGUCAUCCCCGCCGACAUCGCCCCCGGCGACUACCUCCUCCGCGCCGAGACCGUCGCCCUCCACGCCGCCGGCUCCGCCAACGGCGCCCAGUACUACAUGUCCUGCUACCAGCUCAAGGUCGAGGGCUCCGGCUCCGCCAAGCCCGCCGGCGUCACCUUCCCCGGCGCCUACAAGGCCACUGACCCCGGUCUGUUGAUCAACAUCUACAACAAGAUCGCCAACUACGUCAUCCCCGGCCCUGCCCUCUACAAGGCCGGCUCUGCCUCUGGCUCCGGCUCCGGCUCCGGCUCUGCCCCUGUCGCCUCCGCUGCCGCUGCCACCAGCGCCGCUGCCGCUACUCCUACCACCCUCGCCACCAAAACCGCCACCGCUGCCGCCACCACCUCCACCGCUGCUGCCGCCGCCCCCACCGGUGGCGCCGACGCUGGCUGCAAGCGUCGCGCCCGCAAAGCCCGCCGCUCUGCCCACUACUAAGAGAAACGCUGCCCCAGUGUACGAGCGAGCGUCUCAGACAAGUUUACAUAGGGGAAACAAGUAUUCUUCCGGGUCUAUAUUAGAAGUUCUUUGUACAUAGUAUACAGCGUAAUUCUGCGUUUUACGCCCUUUGAGAGUGGCACCAGACAAUAUAGCAUGAG